AUGUCGGCGGAUAAACUCAAAGUGAUAAUUGCCGGCGCCGGCAUUGCUGGUCUGGCUGUUGCCAUCGCCCUCCAGCGUCUUCCCUAUCUCGACGUGGAACUCUACGAACAGGCAGAUGAGCUCAAGGAAAUUGGUGCAAGUAUUGCGAUAAGCCCAAAUGGCCUGCGAUCUCUAGAAAAACUGGGUGUUCUCAACGCCCUCGAUGAUGACGUCGCUUUUCGAGGCCCGAGUGAAAUUCCCAUGAUUUAUCGUCACUGGAAAACAAAUGAGAUUAUCCUCGAAGAACAAUUUGAAAAUGUUCCUCUGCGUCGUCAUCAAACAGCACGAUUCCACCGGGGACAUCUCCACGCAGCACUUUUACAGCAUGUCCCAGGGGAAAGAAUCCAUCUGAACAAGAAAAUUGUUACUGCCAGUGUUCAUAGAGAGAAAGUAACUCUGCACUUUGCCGAUAACACAUCCGCUGAAGGCGAUAUUCUGAUCGGUGCGGAUGGGCUCAAGUCGAAUGUCAGACAAUCUUUUGCUCCAGAGCAUAAGCUCAACUGGACAGGAAAGGUCUUUUUGCGAUCGACAUUUGAUGCCUCGUUGGUGCAGCACAUACCUGAUCUACCCUUGGAUUCAGUUCACUGGUGGGGAUUAAAAGAGAACUUUUUUGCCUCUCGACUAGGAAAGGGUCAAUAUACGACCGUCGCAAACUUUGAGCUGCCAGAUGUGUCGGAAGAACAAGCAAAAGAACUGAUCUGGGAUAGCAAGGGGGAUAUUGAACCAGUCAAAGAGCGAUAUAAAGACUGGAAUCCUGUCGUCAAGUCGUUGAUAGAAGCAACGCCAUACACCCGAAUCUAUCCCAACUACGCUGGUGAUCCCUUAGAAACAUGGGUGUUUGGAUCUAGAGUGACUCUUGUAGGAGACGCAGCGCAUCCUCAUGGUGGCGCAUUUGCUGCUGGGGGGUCCCUUGCUCUCGAUGAUGCAUAUACACUACUCCUGGCAUUCAACCACGUCUUUCGCUUGGGGCAUUUUGAGCCGAGUAAGAUUAAGGAUGUUCUGGAACUAUACCAGCAGACGAGAAAACCACACACCGAGAAACUGCUGAACAUUGUUCUCAAGAGUAUUGGCCAGUCUUCGGAUGACAGCUCGGAUGAGGCGUUGAGGGAGAGGGUGAAGAACAAGCCAAAGAUAGCGUGGCUGUCUGAACAUGACGUGGAAAGAGCCUUUUCCAAUGUUCUGUUUUCUGCUGGACAUGGAAUUUCAGGGCCCGAGAAAAGUAGAAUAUGAGGGUCAUGAUCAGUAUACAAGAUGGGAAUGUCGUGGUCAUGGUUACGUACCUGGCAAGUUAGAGUUGAUAAGAUUUGCAGAAUCAAAUCAGUCCCUC